GGACGUGCCUCAUUAACGUCUGAGAAACAACGUUUUGCCCAUGAACAUGGUGAAAUGAAAAGUCUAGAAGAUAUUGUUAAAGAUAUAAAACCAUCCGUGCUAAUAGGAGUUGCUGCAAUUGGUGGUGCUUUUACUAAACAAAUUCUUCAGGAUAUGGCUGCUUUAAACAAACAUCCUAUUAUUUUUGCUCUCAGCAAUCCUACCAGCAAAGCAGAAUGCACUGCUGAGCAGUGCUACAAAUACACAGAGGGACGUGGCAUUUUUGCCAGUGGAAGUCCUUUUGAUCCUGUCACUCUUCCAAGUGGACAAACUCUCUAUCCUGGACAGGGUAACAAUUCCUAUGUGUUCCCAGGAGUUGCCCUUGGCGUUAUUUCAUGUGGACUCAAACAUAUUGGCGAGGAUGUGUUCCUCACAACUGCUGAGGUAAUAGCUCAGCAAGUUUCAGAGGAGAAUUUACAGGAAGGUCGUCUGUAUCCUCCGUUAGUCACUAUUCAGCACGUGUCGCUGAAAAUUGCUGUGAGGAUCGCAGAAGCAGCCUACAGGAAUAACACUGCCUCCAUCUAUCCUCAGCCCAAGGACCUAGAAGCCUUCAUCCGCUCUCAGGUUUACAGUACUGAUUACAACAGCUUUGUGGCUGACUCCUACACCUGGCCUGAAGAAGCCAUGAAAGUGAAACUGUAAAUAUUUAAUGAACAAACUAGCAGCAGUUAAAAAACAUUUAAAAUGUUCAGAACAUUUCUGCCUAGUAAGCAUAAGAAUAGCUAAUUUUUUAAGAUGCAGAAAACUUUUUCUAAAUUGUAAUAUGUGGUUAGAAACUGAGAUUGAGAAAUCAAAUUAAUUAUACAUGAGAAAAUAAAAAUUAAUCUGAGAAAUGUA